CGCUGUGCGGGGCCGGCAGCUGUCCGAGGUGCUGAGCCGUGCGGGACCCAGAGCUGUCCGAGGUGCUGAGCCGUGCGGGACCCAGAGCUGUCUGAGGUGCUGUGCCGUGCGGGACUUGCAGCUGUCCGAGGUGCUGAGCCGUGCGGGACUUGCAGCUGUCCGAGGUGCUGAGCAGCGCCGCGCCCGGGCGGCAUCAUGGUGUUUGCUCCAGGUGAGAAACCAGGACCAGAGCAAGACGAGGUUAAGCUGCAGAAUGCCAGCAAGCAGAUAGUGCAGACUGCUAUCCUCCAAGCUGUGCAGCAAGUUUCUCGGGAGAACCAACAAAAGGAGAAGCGAACAAACAGCAGCAUGAGUCUCCAGCUAGAAAGAGGAAAGUUAACCAAGAAGCAUGAAAAAAAGUAAAGGAGCAGCUUGUUCGUAUUGAUCCUUCCGUCUGCCAUGAUUUCAGCCUUCUCUUUAGUAUCAGCUGUACUGCUACCGCCAUGUUACUGUUGUGAAGCAAACCAAAGUAUAAUCAACACCUAGACAUAGAGUAAAGCUGCAAUAGUCUUCGGCUGAAAAAUAUUAAGUGCAUUAGAUGACUAACUCCAUAUUUACGCAGUGCCUCAUAAAAGAAACAAUAACCAUAGCUGUAAAGGUAGUUUCAAGCACAAGGUUUAUUGUAUGGACAUAUUUUCCAAAGCUUGUUGUCAGUGCACUUCCCUGUCAGUUCUACGUGCAAUGUUGCUUCCAGGCCAGCUGGCCAGACUCUGUCUUACCGGGUUCACUGAAGCUGUCUUCACAGAAGAAACAGUUUACUAUUGUGUGUAGCAGAAUGCUCUCAGGCUGCUUUGAGAUAUGAGAUUGUCAUUUGUUUUGAUUAACCAUGGAUUAACCAUGGAUGUGUAAAAUGGAUUUGGCAAGUUUCAAGAACCGUUCUCUUUUUUUUUUUCAUCCUGGAAAAAAGAAAAGCAUCCACUAUGACUUUGCAGCAACUAUGGUCUAUAUCUGUGAUCAUAGAUCUGUGAUCUUUGUCUCUUUUUGUAAGAAGUUAAAAUAAGUACUGAAGUUUUGGUCCACUUAUUUGAAGUACCUUCUGAACUUCUGUACAAAAAUCACUUGUGCCUCAACCACUCCUUUUAAUUUUCUUGAUAUUGAAAGAAGAGAAACAGAUGUGCUGAUAUGGAGUUUGGUAGCUAUGAAAGUUUUGAAAGUUUGCUGUGACUUGAUUUACGGAAAUGAAUACUGAAGUGGCUUCAUGAAAAAAGAUUUUGACUUUAUUAAUAUUUGAAGAAUGGAAAUACACUGUGUCUGAAUUCUCUCAUGGUAGAGGUUUCUCACCUGCUGGGCAUAAAGUGACUUUAGAUAUUUGCAAUUGUCACAUAGAUUGACCUCAGAUAGCGCUGCUUUAAGCUGGUAAUGCAGAACUUAUCCUUUAACUACUCUAUAUAGCUGAAGAAAUCCAUUAUAUUUCUGAAAAUACACAUUAAAUAAAUGCAUCUUUAACUUUUAUGCUCCCUUACUGUAAUGAUGAUUGCACUAUUACACAGCUUAAGUGAAUAAUAGUUUAUUUCAUUCUGGAAAUGGCUUGUAGCUCUACUUCAUCUGAAUUCUUGUAGUAAUAUACCUAGAAAUAUAUUGGAAGCAGAUGCAAAGAAUCUGCAAAGUAAGAUACAAACUUUCAUAAUUGCUUUUCUACUCAGCAAGAUGUGUCUCAUAGUGACUUUUUGAUUUAAGUAAUUGGCUAUUACUAUGCUCUACUACCUGUGUUAAUCAAUUUCAGGAUUCUUUCUCAUGGCUAGGGGCUUAGUCGCAAAUAACCACAUACUGUAAUAUUGAGCCUCUUAAAUCUACUUGUGUAGUGAAAAUGCUAGUCACAGCUUGAACCAGUGACUGAGCAUCUGGUGGGAAGGCAAAGCCAACCCAGGGGAACUCAGGUGCAUGUAAUGCCCCUGAGUGAAAAGAAGGGGUAGAACCACGAUCCACCCCUUCCCAGACCUCAUUUAGGGGUUGGUGAUGGGAGUGGGGGUAUCACUUGCUGGAGAUUUUUACAUACCCGAAGCCUUCUAAGAGUAAGCAGAUUCUUUUCUUUGUGUCCAUAGUUGGUGUAUUUGAGCUUAUCUCAUCUGCUGUAGCCUAGGAAUUUGCUACUGUGCUGUCAUUGUUAUGUUUUCCAUUGUAUUGGUAUUACAGCUUGUGUUGUUUGGUUGUUUCUUUUAACAGCAUUGAGUUAUACCAGAAAAUGCUCCAGCUCACUCUUUAUUUCAUUUAAAAAUGCUAAGAUAAAUUCAAUGUGAAGUUGUUAAAAAUCCUCUAAUAAUUAGGACUUAACUAUAUUGCAAGUACACAGUUUGUUUGUUUCUCUAGGCUCUGGAUGGAUUCCUCAGCCAAGCAAGCUUUGAAAGAAGGAAAUAUUUGGUCUUGAAGCAUGUGUGUAUUUGUUGUAAUAGUUAUAUUUUUACUAUUAGCUUUUUCAUCAAUUGUCCUUCAGUUAGGCGAUAGCUCUUCUCUGAACACUCAUUGUGUCUUUGCUUUCUUAGAGCCUAAGAAAGCUGUCUGCGAGUCAAGGUUCAAUUCUGAAGCUGAGGAGCAGGCAAGAGGAGUGGAUGAGGGAAAACAAGCCUCCUUAGGAGGCUCUGUGAUGCUAAAUGGUGUUUGCCUACAGUAAUGUAAGAGGGAGAACUACAGGACAACAAAAACACAACUUAUUUAGGAUUACUCUACUUUCUUUUUUUGCACAGAAAUUUGCAGGACGUGUAUUUUUAUAUCUUUCUGGUACUUGUACCUUUCAUAGACUGGAAGUUUACAUGUCCGUAUUUUUUUCUUAAUCUCUAUGUUAUGCAAAUAAGUACUUAAAAAUAACAGUGGAUAUAGGCUUUUUGCUGUUACUUCGUAUGAACCUAUUCUACCCUCCUUCCACUGUGGUCUUCUGUAUUAUCUCUUUGCUAUCCUAGCCCUUUUAGACACAUUGUUACUCAACCAGUACCUUGUGCCCUUCAUUUCAGUGCUGUCGUAAGUUUAACAUCAUAGAGAAAGAAUGAUAGGAAGCCUCACAGAGCUGUGAGGUGGUUUGAUAGGAGACUAUCAAAAAAACCCAAAUACUCUUGCAUAAAUAGCGUAGUUUUCCUUGAGACCCAAAUAAUGAAUUUCCUAUCUAUACUAUAUGUCUCUAAAUUAAGGCAUGCAUUUAGUAUCUCCUAUCUGUUGACAAAGGAUGUUCUGCACUCUAUUUGCAUCUGAUGUACGUAGUUGAGAUCUAUACUGCAUGUGAGGAAAGCGGGUAAUUUUAGUAAAUUCAUGGGUAGAUCAUAUUUCUGGGAGAAAAACACAGACUAUACAUUAUUAAAGAUGUGAUGCAGAUUGGAUUACCAAUAAAGAAAUUUCAACACCUUA